GCAACUUUAAGAACACGGAGCGGGAAGCUGCUAUGUAGUUAAGCAGCAAACUUGAAAAGUUACGUAGUUAAACUGAGGAACCACAUCAGGCAUGCAUUCAGCACACUUGAGCGAGUGGCAGAGGAGGUCCUUUGACAUUUCAUCUGGCACCUGUUCACCUGAACAGCAGGCGGACACCUACCGGGCGCACAUCCUCGGCGUUCACUAUGCAUGGAUGAGCACGGAGCUGUUGCCGGCCACCGUGGCCAGGCUACUGGGGACCUACUCGGAGCAGUACGCAGCCGUGAUGGACUCGGACAAUCCACACGCAGGGCUGAACAACUACGCAGACAGUGCCCUCCACCUGGCACGUGGCCAGAAGAACAACAGUGACAGGUGGCAGUCGUCCCUGCUGCUGGGGAGUGUACUGACACUGCCGUGUGUGCAGAGGAUGGCGCGGGGCGGCCGCCCUCCCAUUGCUGUGGCAGAUGCCCACAUUGUGGUCGGGGGGGCGACGGCCGGUGGGAACGCAAGCACCUCUCCAUCACCUCCGACCACAGGGGCCAGGCUGGUGGGGCUGCACUUGGUUGCCUCUCCUGGUGACCCAGAUGCCUCGGAGCGGGGCCAUGAGGUGGCCUCCAUAUCCUACUCCGUGACUUCCUCUCAUGCCAGUGCUCCCACGUUCUCCUCUCUUUGCAAGACCCCACCUGCGGCGACACCCAUCUUUGGUGCUAAUCCUCCCUGCUGUACUGGCCCUCUUUCUCAAGUACAUGCUAACUCCUCUGUGGGUAGCUACCUGCAUGAUUACCAGCCUAGGUUGUUCACAUCUUUGAACUUUGCAAAGCGGAAGACUUUUUAUGGUUUGUAUGGGGAGGAUGACAGGGGAUCAGGGCUGGAAACCACUAGGAGUCUUGAUGGUCCUGGGAGAAAAGGAGAGCAUAGUCACGCCACCAGCUUCAGAUCGGCUCGAGAGCAGCUGGCCGUGACCCAACAGAAGAAGCACAACCAGCAGCCCCAGCGGGGUCACCUGUUGGGUCCCCCCAUCACGCUCAAGAAGUCCCUGGGGGCCAACAGGUCCCGGGGGGCCUUCUCUAAGUUUGUGUCACCCAUGCCAAGACAGGAGGUGGAUGGGUAUGGCGGCGAUUCAGGCAGACACGGCCAAGCGGCGCAGCCUGUGGAUGACCGGCUUAAGAACUUUGAGCCAAAGAUCAUUGAGCUGAUCAUGAGUGAAAUCAUGGACCACGGGCCCCCUGUGGCCUGGGAUGAUAUUGCCGGGCUGGAGUUCGCCAAGGCUACCAUUAAGGAGAUUGUGGUGUGGCCCAUGCUGCGGCCGGACAUCUUCACAGGCCUGCGGGGCCCACCCAAGGGCAUCCUGCUCUUCGGCCCCCCGGGGACAGGCAAAACACUAAUCGGCAAGUGCAUUGCCUGUCAGUCAGGGGCCACUUUCUUCAGCAUCAGUGCCUCCUCACUCACCUCCAAGUGGGUCGGCGAGGGGGAGAAGAUGGUGCGGGCCCUCUUUGCCAUUGCCCGCUGCCACCAGCCCGCUGUCAUCUUCAUUGAUGAGAUCGACUCACUGCUCUCACAGCGCACAGACGGCGAGCAUGACUCAUCACGUCGGAUCAAGACUGAGUUCCUGGUGCAGCUGGACGGUGCGGCCACUGCAGCAGACGACCGCAUCCUGGUGGUGGGGGCCACCAACCGGCCCCAGGAGAUCGACGAGGCAGCACGCCGACGCCUGGCCAAGCGCCUGUAUGUGGCCCUCCCUGAAGCCGCAGCACGGCAGCAGAUUGUGGCCCGGCUGAUGUCAAGGGAGAAGUGCCGGUUGGAGUCGCAGGAGCUGGAGCACAUUGUGGAUGGCACUGAAGGCUUCUCUGGGGCUGACAUGACACAGCUCUGCCGGGAGGCGGCGCUGGGCCCCAUCCGCAGCAUCCAGGUUGCUGACAUUGCCACCAUCUCGCCUGAGCAGGUACGCCCCAUCCUCUAUACUGACUUCUUGGAGGCCCUGAAGACUGUGCGGCCGAGUGUGUCUCCCAAAGACCUCCAGCUCUAUGAAGAGUGGAACAAGACUUUCGGUUGUGGUCGCUAAA